AUGGCAACCGAACCCGUGGGUUUGAAUGAGCCAGACUCCCUGGAGUUGGAGGAAGGCUCUAAUGAGAGUAUUGACACCUCCCACCUGUGCUUGAUUGGAAAGAUUUUAGCCCCUAAACCCCUCAAUACGCAAGCGGUUCAACGUAUUCUUUCAGGGGCCUGGAAAACGUGUGCUUCUGUUAACAUUUCAGCGUGGCCUGAUAAUGUCUUCCUUUUCAGUUUUGGGAAUCUGGAUGACCGAGCGCUGAUUCUGCAGCAAACUCCUUGGUCGAUUAUGGGCAAUCUAUUGGUACUCCAGCCUCUGCAAGUUGGCAAAACAAUAUCGGAAAUGGACUUCUCCUUAUGCCCCUUUUGGGUCCAGGUUCACGACUUACCGAUGGAGAAAAUGACCCGAAAGAAUGGGCAAAUCAUUGCUGUGAAGAUUGGUAACCUAAUUGGAGUAGAGGCCCCAUCAGACGGGCUACUGUUAGCUCGAAGUUUUCUAAGGCUUAGAGUAGAGAUCAAUGUAACAGCUCCUCUCCCUAAAGGGUUCAUGUUGAAACGACAAACUGCCCACUCGUCGAAGCUUAAAGACACAUGGGUGGAAUUUAAAUAUGAGAGACUUUCAGAUUUUUGCUAUGAUUGUGGACGCAUUGGCCACAAGAAACCUGCAUGUAAAUUUGUCUCGCGAGAGGAAGGUCGGACUUCUGGUUAUGGUCCUGGGCUGAGAACUAGAGUAGCCAAGAAUCUGGGAUUAUCUGUGGCUUACUAUCAAGACUAG